AUGCCUACCCUGCUGAAGCUUAGACGCGAACUCUACGAGGCAGAGACGGCGAGUGACGCUGGCGCCGCGUUGCUCCGGGCGGUGCCGCGGUGGCUGCCGUGGGUAGGCACCUGCGCAUGUGCUGCAGCGUACAUCGCGUCCAUUCGUGUGCGACUCUUCAUAGCCAAGUGGCGCCGUGCCGCGCGGCGGCGGGCGGAGCGGAAGUACAAAGCGCUGGGCUACCUGCACACGGGCGCGCUGCCGCCCGGUGAGUCUUUCACGCUUGCCGAAGACGACCACGACGGUGGCGCGGGCGCCGGCGAUGAGUGCAGUAGUAGCAGCAGAAGCAGCAGCAGCAGCGCCGAUGACACCGCCCUCAGCGUGGCGGACAUUGAAGAGUUCCGCUGCAGCCUCGGCAUCCGUUCCCCACGCGACGAAGACCUCCUCGUGAUGGUGGAGGAGAUGCUGCUCAUCGACCCCAUUCCUGACGGCUGGGUGCUGUACCGAACCACUUCCGGCGUCGUGCGUUUCAUGAACCUCAACACCCAGGAACUUUUCUUUUUCCACCCCUGCAAGCGUGAGGAGGAGAGGUACAUUCGCGCGGAGGUGCGACAUCGAAAUAGGGUGACAAUGGAGUCGAAGUACAACUUCUCUUACGGGGAUGAGGAGAGUGAUCGCCGCACCGCCGCCAACGCGUCCCUCACGCUGCAACGACGACGCAAAAAGAUGACAAGCAGUAGGGAUAAUGGUACACCCAACUACAAGGCCAACGGGAACAACGCGUCAUUGAGGUUUAGUGACGACGAAAACAGCGAAGGAGACAGGGAUGAACAGUCAACAUUUAGACGCCUUUUUCACUACUUUGUGGAACGGGAGCAAAGAAAGAUCGAAAGAGAUGUUGAGAAAAAGUACCGACAGUCUAGCGUUGGUGGUAGCAAUGACGUGGGAACACCUCAGACUGAAGGCCGAAGCCUGCGUGUGCUACCAGCGAAUGUAGUGCACAUCAACUCUCACACGAAGCGCGACGGUGGCAGCUGA